AACGAGAAAUAAGCUACAGCACAGAAUAAAUUAAAGUCAAUUGAGAACGAACAAAAAAUACAUUCAAGGAAAAAUAAAAAAACAAUUUUGUUUUGUGUGAUUAUAAAGUGAAAAAAAUGGACGAGCCACAUUUAAUGCUAACGGAGAUUCCUGGACUGUUUACUCAUCAUCACCAUCCUCACCAAUACACACAUCAUCAUCCACAUCAGUAUACACAUCACACACGUAAUUUAAGUAUACAUCGAUAUGCACCUUAUAAUAUUCAUCAGCAUUUACAAUCAGCGCCAGCGCCUGUUUAUAUACCGCGACGUUUACCGACAACAAUAGCACCGAUUAUUCGACCAAUUGCAUCACCAUCACCGCCAUUGCCCGAGGGCACACACAUUGGACAUUUAUAUCCAGAAAUUUUAACAAUGAUAUUUUCAUAUCUGGAUGUACGUGAUCGUGGCAAUGCCGCACAAGUGUGUACAUCAUGGAGAGAUGCAUGCUAUUCGAAAAGCGUAUGGAAGGGAGUUGAGGCAAAACUUCAUCUAAGACGCUCGUCGCCAUCAUUUUUCCAAUCUCUCAUGAAACGUGGUAUACGUCAUGUCCAAAUUUUAUCAUUACGUCGAACAUUAAAAGAUGUCGUAACUGGAAUAUCAAAUUUAGAGCAACUUAACUUAUCUGGAUGUUAUAAUGUCACUGAUACAGGACUAGCGCAUGCAUUCAGUCUCGAUUUGCCACAUUUAAAAGUAUUAGAUUUAUCAUUAUGUAAGCAAGUAACUGACUCAAGUUUAGGUCGCAUUGCACAACAUUUGAAAAAUUUAGAAGUAUUAGAAUUGGGCGGAUGUAGUAAUAUAACAAAUACCGGUCUAUUGCUAAUAGCAUGGGGAUUGAAAAAGUUAAAACGAUUGAACUUGAGGUCAUGCUGGCAUAUAUCAGAUCAAGGUAUUGGACAUUUAGCUGGAUUAAGUAAGGAGACGGCCGAAGGUAACCUGCAAUUAGAAUAUUUAGGAUUGCAAGAUUGCCAAAGAUUAUCAGAUGAGUCACUUAAGCAUAUAGCACAAGGACUCACAAGCUUAAAAGUAAUUAAUUUAAGCUUCUGCAUAUCCGUGACAGAUAGUGGACUUAAGUUCUUAUCAAAAAUGCCAAAAUUAGAAGAAUUAAAUUUACGUGCAUGUGAUAAUAUUUCGGACAUAGGUAUGGCUGGAUUAGCUGAAGAAGGUGGCUGUUCAAUACGCUCACUAGAUGUGAGUUUCUGCGAGAAAAUUGGCGAUCAGGCACUUCAUCAUUUAUCUCAAGGACUGUUUCAUCUAAAAUCACUUAGUCUUAGUUCAUGUCAAAUUAGUGACGAAGGAUUAGAGAAGCUAGGCAAAAUGCAUGAUCUCGAGGUAUUAAAUGUCGGACAAUGCAGUAAGAUAUCCGAUAAAGGAUUAGAGAUGUUAGCAAACGAGUUGGUAAAUUUACAAUCAAUUGACUUGUAUGGCUGUACGAAAAUAACAUCGAAAGGGAUAGACAUCAUCAUGAAGUUACCAAAACUAAAAUCUGUCAACCUCGGAUUAUGGCUUGUAAGGUGAAAAGAUGAUGCUGAUGAUGUUGUGUAUACAAAAAACAAGAAUUAUUUUGUUGUCUACCCAACUGAAGAUAAUACUGAAUACUGAUCAUUCAUGAUGAUGAUGAUGAUGAUGCUCUGACUGUGGUAUUAUUAUUAUUAUAAUUAUUAUUAUUAAAUUUACUAUUAUUAUUGUGUGUACGUAUAAAUGUUGGAAACAUAAAAGACUAUAAAUA